AUGUCUGAGACGGUCAGCGUCUUGUUCGUCUGCUUGGGGAACAUCUGCCGGUCUACAAUGGCGGAGGGCGUCUUCCGCUCCCUUGCGAAGCAGGAGCCAUAUCGUGAGAUGAUCGGGACGGUGGACUCUUGCGGCACAGGUGCGUACCACGCUGGCGACGGCCCCGACGAUCGGACAAUGUCUACUCUGGAGGGUUACGGCAUCACCGACUACACGCAUGCCGCCCGGAAGGUCCGACCUUCAGACUUUGAGAAUUUCGACUAUAUCUUCGCCAUGGACCGAUCAAACUUGUCAGAUCUACAGCGCUACAAGAAGUCCUCGGCCGCAAAGGCCAAGGUCAUGUUGUUUGGGGAAUACUCGGGUACCGGAAAGAGCGAGGUUGUGCAAGAUCCUUACUACGGCGGCCAGCAAGGUUUUGAGACGGCAUAUCAGCAAUGUUUGCGCUUCUCCAAGAACUUCCUUAAAGACAUUCAAUCUGGUGCUUGA